UUCACUCUGCCUGCACAGGUUCUCAACGAGAGGGAGGGACACAGAGAGAGAGAGAGAGAGAGAGAGAGAGAGAGAGGGGCACAGAAGAAAGGAAGAGAGAUAGAGGGAUCAAGAUAAAUACACUACACUGCAGAGGAGAGCUGAGCUGAGCGGACUACUGGACACUACAGAGAGAGAGAGACAGAGAGAAAGAGAGAGAGAAAAAGUGCAGAUUAAAGAAAGGAAAUAGAGAAAAAGGGAGAAAGAGAGAAAGAGGAGGAGAGAGAGAAAGACCAUUUGGCGGUUUAGACAAAAACAAGAGUGAGAGGGACAGCAAGAGAGGACAAGGGAGAGAAACAGUAGCAGUAGUGGUGUUGUGUGCGCUGUGUGUGUGUGUGUGUGUGUGAGUGUGUGUGUGUGUGUGUGUGUGUGUGUGUGUGAGUGUGAGUGUGCGUGUGUGUGAGUGAGUGAGUGUGUGUGUGUGUGAGUGUGCGUGUGUGUGUGUGGGUGAGAGAUUGGGGAAAGCUGUAGUGCUAACCUGGGGCCAGGUGAAUGAUGGAACCCACGGCAGCAGCACCUGAGGUGGCAGCCGAGCCCAAAGAGAGGCGGAAGAUCCAGUUCGCCGUGCCGGCCACCGAACCCACCCAGCUGGACCCACGGCAGGUCGAGAUGAUACGGCGUCGGAGGCCCACACCUGCCACCUUGUUCAGAGUGGCUGACCAGUCCCCUGAGGACGAUAAUUCUACUCACCAGUGGGUCGUUGGGGAGAAUGGGGUUCUCAAGCCCAAACGAGUCAACCCAAAUGUGUACCAGCCGCCAUCACUGAAAGCCGUGCAGCAGAUGGCUGAAGCUCAGAUGCAGAAGCUAGGUGUGUACCCACACAUGGAGGAGGAGAAUGAAGACUACCCUGGACAGGGUGAUGAGGACGAGGAGACAGGCCUCACUGAGAGCAGUGAUCAACAGGAGGUCGGACCUACGGACACCGGAUCCGGGAUGGGCACAGCGGUGGCCAUGGCCCGGAGCGGCGUGGAAGAGGAGAGUGAGGAAGAGGAGGAGGAAGAAGAGGAGCAAAAGAGAGAGGAGGGGAGUCGGAAAGGGGAGUGACUGUAAAAGAGAGGUGGAGAGAGAUGGGGAUGGGGACAAAUAGAAGUGCAAAUGUAUAAAAAGACUGACCCACUUGAAAAAUAAAAAGGCAUGAAGGAUGUGUGUGGGUGUGUGUGUGUGUAUGUGUGUGUGUGUGUGUGUGUGUGUGUGUGUGUGUGUGUUGCAUGCAUGUGUAAGAAAGAUUGUUCUAUGUGUUUAGUGAGUGCAAUUGAACACAAGACAAGCAGCACAAUGGGUAGACAGGAGAAAAAAAAACAUGAAAUAUGGGGAUGAAACAAAAUGACGAUGAUUGACAUAAAUGGGAGCGAUACUGUCAUCAUUUUAUUUAGACAUUUGUGAAGAGCAGUCUGAUCAUGAUUCAUUGAACCUUAUGGUCAUAAUGGUAUGGAAAUAUUACCUGUAAGCACAGUGUCACAUUGUGGUAUUCCAUUUGACCGUGUAGUCAUUUUCGACAGAAACUCCUGUUCGGUGAAGAAUGGUACCAAUAUAUGGGACUCAAGAUCAAUGGCAUGGAUAGGAACAACAUACAGACACUUGUGUGCACAUAUUCACACACACACAUGCAAACAUAUGUACACAUACCCAAAGUUGUGUGAACGUGUCAGUCAGCAUGUGUAAAGUGUUUGUAGAGGUUGACAUGUCUUAAUAUCACUCACAGCAAGUGUGGUAUGAUAACAUUUCUGAGGGUUGACAUGUACAAAUGACGUCAUUGUUAUUCAGUUGGUUUGUGAACACUACACUAUGGCCUAGAGGGCAGAAAAUGUCAGAUAUUCCAUGGCAGUUUCAUAAAAACAUGCAUUACUACUGCCAUCUAGUGGCGUAUGCACCCACACUACAUUUUAACACCUUGCACCCCCACCUUACAGAAGGGGUAUUAUAGUGUUGGCUUUAUAUCUUGUAUAUAGCUUUCAAAUCAAUUUAGGACUAUCUUCCUCCUGUUAAAAGUAUUUUUAAUUGUGAUCUCUAUCGUUCAGCAAUAAUGACCAGUUCAAUCAAGUUGCCUAUUUGAUCAUCUGGAAUUGUUCUCUCUUCCGUUGCAUUUCUCUCUUUCUCUGCUUCUUUCUCUUUUCUCUCUACCGAUUGCUAUAUUAUUCACUUGAGUAUAACCAGUUUUUUUUUUAAUGUCAUCUAUCACAGACGUACAAGACUGAAUGUAAUGAUCAGUUUAACUAGGUUAUUAAAUGUGUUUCCUGUCAAAACACAGACCGUUUUCCCAAGCCCAUUCUGUUGUAACUGAACAUGUAGGACUAUUCAGACCUAGGCAAUGAUUGAAGUGUUUUUCUAAUAAGGGAUCUUUGUCUGUGCUGAGGUCUCUGGGCUGCAUGUCAAUAACUUUGUUCUAAGGGUUAUUUGCUACCUUCCUAGAGCUGGUGUCUCUCUCUGUCUCUCUCUCUCUCUCUCCCUCUCUCCUCUGACCACUGUCUGCCCACAGCAAUGCUUAAAUUGAUAACCUUUACUUUACUGAUUCCCUUCAUUUAUUUGAACUUGUUUUAAAUUCAUUCCUGUUUGUUUUAAUCUGUGCUUAUUGAAUUCAGUUCUGACACUUGUGAAGUUGUAUCAGAGAAACAAAUAUAAUAUUCACUGAAAUUAA